AACAAUUUUCUAUAUGAAACACUAACCAUAGAAGAAAAAACUGCUAGGCUACCUAGCAAGCUAGCAGUUGCAAAUUAAACGUUUUUAUUGUUUCGAGAGGGAAAAUGCUUCUGCAGUCUAUUCGGCCGUGGCUGCUCCGCUAUAGUGGGCUCCCCAUGGGCUGCACAAGAACGUACUACGCCGACAGAGUCGCACGUCUCGGCUCUCAGCCCGACAAGCAGUCCUCUGACUAUCAGGAGAAUUAUGAGCGGAUGAAGGCGCUCGUGGAUGAACUGAAAAGCCGGACAGAGAAGAUUAAAUUGGGUGGGGGAGAAAAAGCCAGAAGACUUCAUACUUCUCGGGGGAAACUUUUACCUCGAGAGCGUAUUGACAGACUCCUGGAUCCAGGGACUCCUUUUUUAGAGUUCUCCCAGUUUGCAGCUUAUGAGUUGUACGGAAAAGAAGAGGUCCCAGCAGGCGGGAUCAUUACUGGGAUCGGACGGGUUUCAGGGGUGGAAUGUGUUGUAGUUGCAAAUGACGCCACAGUCAAAGGAGGAACAUACUACCCCGUGACGGUAAAGAAGCACCUUCGAGCCCAAGAAAUAGCCCAGCAGAACCACCUACCUUGCAUUUAUUUGGUGGACUCUGGAGGAGCUAAUCUACCCAGACAGGCUGAUGUCUUCCCAGACAGAGAUCACUUCGGUCGCAUUUUCUACAACCAGGCCAGGCUGUCUUCAGAGGCAAUCGCACAGAUUGCUGUGGUGAUGGGCUCGUGCACCGCUGGAGGAGCGUACGUUCCCGCCAUGGCCGAUGAGAGCAUCAUUGUGCGGAAGCAAGGAACCAUCUUCCUCGGAGGACCUCCUCUGGUCAAAGCUGCAACUGGAGAAGAAGUUUCAGCAGAAGAUCUUGGUGGUGCUGAUCUCCACUGCAAGAAAUCUGGAGUGACGGACCAUUAUGCCUUAGACGAUAACCACGCUCUUCAUUUAGCAAGAAAGGCCGUACGAAGCCUCAACUACAAGAAGGAUGUGCAGGUGACAGUGGAGCCCACAGAAGCCCCUCUUUACCCUGCCGAUGAGCUCUACGGCAUUGUGGGGGAUAACUUGAAGCGUAACUUUGACGUCAGAGAGGUGAUCGCCAGAAUUGUCGACGGCAGUAAAUUCGAUGAGUUCAAGGCUUUUUAUGGAGACACGCUUAUCACAGGAUUUUCAAGAAUAUUUGGCUACCCUGUGGGGAUCAUCGGUAACAACGGAGUUUUGUUUUCAGAGUCUGCGAAAAAGGGGACGCAUUUCAUUGAAUUAUGCUGCCAACGUAACAUUCCACUUGUUUUCCUUCAGAACAUCACAGGUUUUAUGGUUGGGAGGGAGUAUGAAGCUGGAGGGAUCGCCAAAGAUGGAGCCAAGAUGGUUACCGCCGUUGCCUGUGCAAAUGUGCCCAAAAUCACAGUCAUCAUUGGAGGCUCAUAUGGAGCCGGCAACUAUGGCAUGUGUGGAAGAGCAUACAGUCCUCGCUUCCUGUACAUGUGGCCAAACUCCAGGAUCUCAGUGAUGGGGGGCGAGCAGGCAGCAACAGUCCUGGCCACCAUCACUAAAGAUCAGAGGGCACGCGAGGGAAAAGAGUUCACAGCGGAACAAGAGGCUGCCAUGAAGGAGCCGAUCGUGCGGCGGUUCGAAGAAGAGGGAAGUCCAUACUUCUCCAGUGCCAGGCUGUGGGACGACGGCAUCAUCGAUCCAGCCGACACCCGCCUGGUUUUAGGCCUGAGCCUCAGCGCCGCGCUCAACGCUCCCACCAAGAAGACUCACUUUGGAGUUUUCAGGAUGUAGCUUUUUGUUCAGGUGUACAACUCUACUGUGUUUCUAUCCAUCUUUGUAGUUUGAUUUGAGGUUCAGUUGAGCAAACCUUGGAGGAAUAAGAAGAUCAAUCUCUAAACCAUGAAAACCGGAGGAUUUGGUCGUUGGACAUUUCCACUAUUAAAGCUGUGCCUUAUCUGUCUGUCUCCUAAAUCGGUUUACUUUUGCAUAUUUAUUACAAGCUGUAAACUGAACUUUUUGUUUUAAGUCUGUGAGUCUAAUAGUGUUUUUUUUUCAUUAGAGGGCAGUGUUUAGUCAAAAAUAAAAGCCUGUGCUCCGUGUGCUCAGAUGCUGGUAGCAGUUCUGUCAUUCUGAUCCGAUCCGCUGUUUCCUCUUCAUAUCUACAGCUAUACAAACCUUUUUUUUUUUCUUUUUUUAAAACACUUGAAUUAGACCUGUAAUUUCAUGGUGUGUGACAGAGCUCUGCCACUGAGUCAUCAGCUGCCCUCUCAUCCUCCUUCAGGUUUACCACAUUUCCUAAAAAUAAAAAAAAACCUCUUCUCACA